CUUUUUUCCUUGCUCCGAGUUGCAUGGGUCUCCUUCCGUAUCUCGCGUUUAGUACAAGACAGGGUUGCUGAAAUACUCCUGGUUCCAUCGUAACUAUACAACAGGCAGCUCUGACAGUAGGACAUUCCAGUGUUCAACAAGUUUAGUUUUUUUUCAUACUGAUUCAGAUUCUUGAAACAAGCACACAAUGGAAUUUUAUGAGUCUCACUAUUUUAUUGUCCUUAUUCCUGCGGUGGUGAUUACAGUUAUUUUCCUGUUUUUCUGGCUUUUUAUGAGGGAGACGACUUAUGAUGAAAUUCUUGCAAAACAGAAACGCGAUCAGAAGCCUUUGACCAUUAAAGCUGAGAAGAAAAAGAAUGAGAAGAAAAAGAAUAAGAAGAAAGAACACCAAAAUGGAAAUCUUCAAGAGUCUGAUUCAGAGAAUGCAAGUCGGGAGUUUGAACUGACAGAUGCUUUGAUUCCAGAUGAUGAAAUCCCAGUUCCUAUUCCAUUAGCACCUCUGGAGACUUCGGGUGGAGUUAGAGAACGCAAGAAGAAGGAGAAGAAACAGUCUAAGCUUAUGCAUGAGGAAGAAAUGACUUUACUUAAGCCAGUAGGAAAAACGUCUGAACCAGUCCCUGUUACUAAACAGCCUAGUCCACCAUUGGAAGAUAUACGAGCAAAGAAAAAGCCGGGGCAGAAGAAACAGAAGAAUGGUGAAGAUGAAUCCAGCACUACCCAUGAUGUAAAAGCUGAAGUUACUCCAUCCAUUGCAAAGAAAGCCGAUACCCCAAUCCAUACCACUGAAGUUAAGCAGCAAGAACCUGGGACAGGAAAGAAGAAAGGUGCACCAAAGAAGCAAAGAACAGAACCUGCAUCCUUGGUUGAAGAAACGCUUAUUCAUCCCAUGACUUACAUACCCUUAAUGGAUAACACAGAACCAUCGUCUUCACUGGAAAAGAAAAUGGUGAUUGAGCAUGAAAAAAUGCACAUAAUUGAUGGUAUAUACAAAGCUGUUUCCAAGAAACCGAAAAAUGAAAUUGAAAAAGAAAAUGCUGAUGUCAAAUUCAAGGAAUUCAUGUCUGUGUUGAAGAACAUGACAUUUACACAGGAGGAAGCUAUAUGUGUUGCUGAUGCAGUGAAAAGCAAAUUUGGUGGCAUGCAGGAUGCUUGGCAGAAGCAGUCUGGUAAGGGAGAGACUGCUGCUGUUUUGCAUCAGUUGCAAGAGAAAGAAAAAACAGUGGUAGUGCUCCAGGAAGAGGCCUCGAUUGCCAAAGAAAAGGUUAAACUACUAAAUCAGGAACUUGUAGCAGAGAAACAGAAAGCCACUGUAAUGGAGGCAAAACUAAGAGAACGAAACAGCACAUUGGAAAGGGACCUUGGAUCUGUGCAGAACAAAUUACAGGUCACCUACCAGGAGUCUCAGCAGAUACAGGUGAAGGCAGUCUUCAGAAAUUGCUAGCCUUCGGCAGGAAUGUGGUAGACUUACAAAUGAGCUGUCUGAGAAAAAUAACAAAUUACAACAAGAAGAGCUUCACAAGAAGAAUGCUGAGCAGACAGUAGCACAACUCAAGGUCCAGUUACAGGAGCUUCAAAAUUAUGUCAGGAAUGUGAAAGCAGAACAUAACAAAGCUGAAGCAGGAAAACAAGAACUUCAGAAUAAGCUGCGGAAUGCAGAAAGUGAAAUACAGAACUUGAGCAGCAAAUUAGCUGACACCAUGGUGUCCAAAGAACAGUACGAGCAAUCAAUGCGACAGUUACUGGAAGAUCGAACAGCUUCUGAGGAGCAACUUCAUAUGCAAGUUAAGGAUCUUAUUAGCCAGAAAGAAGCCUUGAAGUCUCAGGUGCAAAAACUUCAUACCCAGUUAACAACACAGGGUAGCACUGCAUCUCUGGUUGAAGAAUUGCAAAAGACGAUUGCAGAUAAAGAUAAAUUAAUAAAGCAAACAGAAGAGAGUUUGGUUGCACAACGUGCUUGUUUAGCAACAAAAGAAGAUGAAAUUGAGGAUUUGAAGGACAAAAACAUAAGUUUAAAACUAGAUUUGCAUCAACUGAAUGCCCAGCUGACAGAACAGUCAUGUAUGAAUCUUGAAGUAGAACAGUUGCAACAAAGCAUUCAGAGCAAAGAGGAAAAGACAAAGCACUUUGAAGAGCUGCUGCAGGCUAAGCACUUACUGGUGUCAUGCCAGGAAGAAGAGUUGUUGGCUAUGCAGAAUGAAAACCAAGCUCUACAAAAAGAAAUUCAGAAAUUUCAGUCCCAGUUAUGUGAACAGGUAACUAAAGAUGAUGUUGAAGAAAUGAAAAAGAGCAUCCAGGAAAAAGAUGCAGCAGUUCAACAGCUGGAAGAACUACUAAAUUCUGAGCGUUCCUCCAUGAGAAACCUUGAUCACACUCUGAAGGUUUUGCAGGAUGAAAAUGUGGCUUUGAAAGAAAAAUUACAGGAAUUUGAGGCUUCUAUGGCUAAUCAGGCUGCAAAAGAUGUGGAAGAAAUGCAGAGGAGCAUUCAAGAAAAGGAAGACAAAAUUAAAACACUUGAAGAACUUUUGGAAUCUGGACUUAUUGAGUGGGCAAACAAGGAAGAAAACAUUAAGGCUUUGAAAAAGGAAAAUGAAGUUUUGCAAAUUGAAGUUCAAGAUUUGAGGGCACUAAGAUCUGAACAGAUAUCUUCUGCAGUCUUGGAAGAUGACCUGUUGAAACAGAUCCAUGAAAAAGAUGGAAGAAUUAAGGCUGUAGAAGAAAUGCUGCAAACUGAAUUGCUUCAAUCAGCAAAUAAGGACAAAAUUAUUCAGGCUUUGGAACAGCAAAAUAAUAAAUUGAAGGAAGAAUUUCAGAGUUCUCAGGCUGAACAGGUAUCUUCAUUGCAGCAGCGAGUUGAAGACCUUCAGCACUUACUGCACGAUAAAGAAAAAGUAGUUGAAGAGUUGAAGACAUCAGCACUACAGAGAGAUGAAGUCAUCACUAAUUUUAUGAAUGAAUCACAGACACUUCAUAAAGAAAACAAGUCACUAAGAAGUGAGAUUAAUAUCUUGGAGCAGCAAAACAUUCAGCAGGUCCAUUCUGUAGAGCAACAUGAAAAUAUGCAAAAAGAACUCGCUGAGAAAGAAAUGCAGAUCUCUGAUCUUGGAAAUGAAUUGUGUUCGCUUCGUGCUGUUGUAGACCAGCAAAGAAUGAAAAACAAUGAGCUCCGAGAGAAAAACUGGAAAGCAAUGGAGGCUUUGGCAUCCACUGAAAAAAUGCUGCAGGACAAAGUGCACAAGACCACAAAGGAGUGUCAGCAACGGAUAGAGAUGUUUGAAAAGCAGAUUCGAGAGAUGCUACAGAGGCUAUUUCCAACUGUGCCACUGCCAAACAAAUUGAAUAAUCAUGAAGAUGCAAAGGAAUUUGAGAGACUGGCAAAAGAGCAUUUAAAUACAGAUUCAGUAACGGAUCAUAUUUCGAAGAUGGAACAGAAGCUGAAAGAGUCUGAAGAAAUGCGGGUGAUGAUUCAGAUGGAGUGUGAAAAAUACAAGUCUGUUCUAGCAGAAACGGAAGGAAUUUUGCAAAGGCUUCAGAGCAGUGUUGAAGAAGAAGAGGGCAAGUGGAAGAUGAAGCUAGAGAACUCUCAGAAGGAGCUGAGACAGAUGCACCUGAAAGUAGGCUCAUUGGAGCAAGAAGUAGAAGGACUAAGAAGGGAUGUAGAAGAUGCUGAAAGUCUUAGAAAGGAGCAAGAGCAUUUAGAAGUGGAACUUGAGAAAGCAGAAAUAGAGCGCACCGUUUAUGUUGCAGAAGUUAGAGAGCUUAAAGAUUUAUUGAAUGAAUUGCGGAAAAAACUUGAUGAUUCAUAUUCAGAAGCAGUAAGACAGAAUGAAGAACUGAAUUUGCUGAAAACGCAGCUAAAUGAAACACUAGUGAAACUAGACCGAGAGCAGAAGGAGAGAGAAACUAUGGUUGGUGAUUUGAAUAAGGCCCAGUAUUUCCUGGAUUUUCUUCAGAGGGAAAUAGUAAUUACUACUGCAGACAGCAAUGUUAUUGUAGACAGUGAGGUUAUUUCAACAGAGGCUGAGGAACAAAACAAAAAAGAAUUGUCAACAAGUCUACAUCAGACUGUAACAAAUGUGCAACAGCUGCUGCAAGCCGUAAACCAACAACUUAUAAAGGGAAAUGAGUACUCUACAAUGGGUGAAUUCACAGGAAACUCUUCAGUCUGAAGGGAACAUUUGGCACUGUACAGUAUAUAUUUUGCCAAAUGAAAGCUUUAUUUAUGUUGUUCACCCUUCCUGUUUGAUGGAAACUCUGAACAAAGCUCUGUCUUUUUUUAAUCCUUGUUAAACUACUGAUCAGAAUUGUGGUGUGGGCAGCUUCAGAAUUUAGUUUUAUAAUGAAAAUGCAGUUCAAAUAAUAUAUUUACAUUCCUGGUUACAUGCUUUCUGAUUUUUUCCUCUAAAUAUUUGUCCACAGGACUAAUUUGUGGUUAGACACAAUAUGCAGAGAUCUACCUAAAUAUUCUAAUUAUACAAUUUUCAUUGUUUAAUUAUUUUUGGUAUAGGCUGCCUAUCACUUUGUCUGAAAAUGCUCCUUAUUUUGAUGCUAAUUUAAUAAUUUUUUAAUGGUGACAAUAAAGGGAUGCUUGUGUUAAA